CCUCCGCCUCUUCAUUCUUGCAUCGCAUCUCCAGGCAGCGACCUCUGCACUGAGUGAGAAACCCAGAUAAACAGUAUUCAGUCAGGAGGAUACACACACAAAAAUGGCGCUCAUCCCUUCCCAGGUUCUAAGGCUGGCGAUCCUGCUAUCCUAUUUCUCCAUCCUCUGCAAUUAUAAAGCCAUUGACAUGCCAGCUCACCAAACUUACGGCGGGAGCUGGAAGUUUUUAACAUUCAUAGACCUGGUCAUUCAGGCCAUUUUCUUUGGGGUUUGUGUACUAACUGACCUUUCAAGUCUGUUGACUAAAGGGAGCGAGAACCAAGAGCAGGAAAGACAGCUAAAGAAACUCAUAUGCCUGCGUGACUGGAUGAUGGCCGUAUUAGCAUUUCCAGUCGGAGUGUUUGUGGUGACCAUGUUUUGGACCCUGUACCUAUAUGAUAGAGAACUGGUUUACCCAAGACUUUUAGACAACUUCAUACCACAGUGGCUAAACCAUGGGAUGCACACAACAGUUCUUCCUUUUAUCCUAAUUGAGAUGAGAACAACACACCAUCGUUAUCCCAGUAGGAUGUGUGGGCUUGCAGCAGUCUGCAGCUUUGCCAUGGGAUAUGUAUUAUGGAUGUGCUGGAUCCACAAUGUUACUGGAGUAUGGGUUUAUCCUCUGCUGGACCAAAUUGGGCCUGUUGCCAAGAUCAUAUUCUUUACAGUGUUGACUGCCUUAAUUAAUGUGUACUAUGUUCUUGGUGACAUUCUGAACAGCUACAUCUGGGACAUGCCGAAAUGUGUUCAAGAAGCAGGAAAGCUAAAAGCAGACUGAAUCAAUGGGCUAUGUGGACUUUCCAGUUUACAGCGCUACACAGCCAAAACCUUUCAACACCUGAGCUUAAAGGAAACGAAGUGAAAUGUGCUCCACUUAUUUGUCUAUGUUUUCAGAAUAGAGCUCUUAAAAGAGUGGCAAAAAAUAUGGAAGGUCUGACUAAAUUGAUUUUCUUUGUUUCUCUUGCUUCCAGUAUAUUUGAAGAAUGAAUCAUUGUACAAUAGAAUAGGGUCUUAGUUACUUCCCUGUUUAAAUAUUUUAAACCAAAAUAUGGUUUAUCUUUAAUUAUUAUGAAACCAAUUUAUGCAGGUACAACAUUAUUUGCCAACACCACCGUUACAGAAAUCAGUCAGAGACAUCAAGAGAUUUGGCUUACAAACCGCGAAUUGCUAUUUUAACAAAUAGAAACCAAUAUUUCAACAAACACUACAAGAUGGUUUAAAAAAACUCUUUACACAACUGCAUCUCAAAAUGCUUAACUAAAGCAGAAAAUCCAAAAAUAAUCAAUGACCAUUAAACAAUGCAAGCAACACAUUACAAUUACAGCAUAGAGCAACAUUAUGGAAUAAUUUACAUAACAGUACAUAACUGUACUAGAGUGAGCAUUCAGUGCCACUGCAUGCCACAUGAGCUGCGUUAAAAGAAGACAAUAGGGUUUGCUGUGCUUUUUAGGCUGCCAUUCCCAGUGCAAAUAUCUUCAUAACAGACAAGACAGAAUGCCUAUUCAUCUUGAAGUCUACUUUGUUUUUACUGGAAAACAACUGCUCCAGUCUGGGUUGUAUUUGCACCUGUAAUGGCGCCAUUUCUUAGGAUUUUCAGACAUGAUUAACGUCUUCAAGUCAUGCCUUUAAGACAAGGAGAAAAAAGCCAGAGAGCAGUCUUGCGAGAUCGUGAGCAGGUCUUAAUUACAAUUUGAAAUCGCGUGUCUCGUGAAGAAUUCAGGAAAGUUGGCAACACUUGUACAAUAUCCUUAAAAAACGCUUUUUCACGCUGCAGAUCAAAAGAAUACAUUUUACAGGACAUUCCUUUUUACAUGAAGAUGUUUCACAUAGAGGGGAACAGGCAAUGUGUUUUAAUAGAUUUGUAUUUAGUAUUUUAAAGUUAUGAUAUGGAACGUUUUAGAGUACAGUACUGGAAUUGCAAGAAGCCUUUGCCUGGGUUUAAAGCUGCUUAUCUGUAUGAUGUAUUGUUUUUGCACUAAUGCUGUGAAACAUCCUACUUUAAUUGUAUUGAAUACUGAAGCCUUAAGGUCUUCCAAUAAACUGGAAACUUAGAUCCAUACAUGUUUGUGUGAGUGAACAAAAUUGAUGGAUCGAAAGACAUUUCCAAGUGACCUUUUUACCAGUUAAAAAGUAUUUGUAACACUACACUGCUCUAUAAAAGCAGCUCUGAUACAAUCAGUGUAAAUCUGACCGUGUUACAGCCACAAAAUCCCCGGAGACUAUUAAGCUUUGUAUAUAAAAUAAGAACCACAGUGCCACUUUGUGUCUGGAUAUCUAAGGCAACUGGUAUAUGGUGGAGAUCAUACUUAUGUAUGUCACACAUACAGUUGCAGACAAAGGUAUUGGUACCCUACACUUAAUAUAAGACAAUUAAAAAAAAAAGAAAAGAAAGUGUUAUAUGCAAGCAUUUAAUGAACACUAACCACUAAAGACCAAAAUACACAAUUUCUGGUAAUUUAACCGUUUCUGGUAAUAUUUGAUCAUGUCAAAAGUAUUGGCCUUUACUAUUAAUUUACUAUUGAUUAUACACAGUUCAUGUUUUUGCAUGUAUAUUUUGCCCAGCUGUGUGAAGCUCAGAAUAUUAAAAUGCUUUUUAUUCUAAAGUUUGCGUGUCAGUGUUUUUUUAGUCAGCUUGCCCUGUGCUAACAGACAGUUCUAUACAAGAAAUUGUGUUAUUCAUGGAGCUCAUUUUUAAAUCUCUUAUGCCAUUCUUCCAGAUUGCUUAGUCAACUACAAUGCUACAGAGAAUGUAGGAUUAUCAACUUUCAAUUGACAUUAAAAAAUUUUUUUUAAAAAAAUCCAGAAAUGUCAUUUAUCAAGCCAAAAUGCCUAUUGUCACUAAUCCUUUGACAGCCAGCUCAUAUAAUCCAAGAUGAGUUUCCUACAUCAAGGAUUUUUGGUUUUUUUUUGCAGGCUUGGGAAAAGGUUAAAAAAUAAAUCCUGCUUACAGUCUGCAUCUGGUAGAGUACUUAGAUGUUAGUCCCAAUUUUUUUUUAUUUCCCUAAAUAUCUCCUGGUGUAUAUGUGUCUUGACUAAGUUUCUGAAUGUAGCUGGUUAGGGAAAAUCUGAUAGUGGCAUCUAUACAGGGAAAUGCUUAUUGGAAAGCACUCCAAAAAGAACAUAAAUCUUACCAAGUUUGGUUCUUUUGUGGAGUAGUUAAGGGAUCGCUUGAGGUGUGCACAGCCAGUGGUUUACACUCCGUCUCAGCCAUUUUACAUUGCUGCAGUGACUGAUCCUCAUAAAGGAGACUAGUGCUGAGGUUAAGGGGAUAUUCUGCUUUUUGUGAUUUGCUCUUGUAGUGUGCAGUUUCAGAUUCUUGCACGUUCGGUACUAAACUGAGUCUCAGAUUUCAAAAUGCCUCCUCAACAAGCACUUGCUGUUAUAGUCUUUAAACUAUUUCCUGCCAACUGUAAAUUGUAAAGCAAAAAAAUAUAACAUACCUUUUCUUUCCCCUUCU